UAAACAACCACAUAAAUACCCAGCGCAAUCGCUCUCUUCAUUCCCAUCAACCCCGCAUUGCCAGUGCCCGGAACAUUGACAGUGGCUCUUGGAUAAAAGACAGAAAAAGAGAAAAGAGGUUGCUCGUAAAAAAGGACGCGGGAUCAUUCACGAUGCCUCGCAUUCUCCCCUCUCUUAUCCUUUUAGGCACCCUUACCCUCGCCUGCCAGCGCGACUGGGACGCCCUCGAAACCCGCAUUCAUACCCACCAUACUACCCCUAACCGCCAUGCUAAACGCGCCCCCGUUGCUUACCCUCCCACUCUUAGCGAUGUGGAAUCCAUCCUGGUAAACUCCUUUGAUAAUAAAAGUAUAAGCGAUUGGUCGUAUUAUUAUACCCACGGUGAUCAUCUUGGCUCCCACAAUAAAUCCAUGGCGGAAUGGACAGCGCAGAAAUGGCGAGACGCUGGUUUCGACGCCUACCUCGAGGAAUUUCCAAUCUGGUACACAUACCCUCAGCACAGUAGCUUAUCGCUCAUUUGGCCGAAUGGAAGUCGGCAUGACGCGAACUUGGUGGAAGACGUGUUGAAAGAGGAUGAUACUAGUUCGUAUCCGAAUUUGAUUCCGGCGUAUCAUGCUAUGAGCGCUAGUGGGAAUGUCACCGCGGAAUAUGUUUAUGUUGGGCGCGGUACGAGGGCUGAUUUCGAGGUUUUAAAGGAUGCAGGAAUUGAACUGAAGGGUAAGAUCGCGCUGGCUAACUAUGGCGGUAUAUACCGCGGCACAAAAGUGAAGAACGCUCAGGACAAUGGGAUGGUGGGGUGUGUUCUCUACACGGAUCCCUUGGAUGACGGCGAAAUCACGGAAGCAAAUGGCUAUGAAGCAUACCCUAAUGGCCCGGCGCGCAAUCCCUCAUCAAUCCAAAGAGGCAGCGUCCGCUUUUCUUCGCUCUACUCGGGAGAUCCAACAACCGUCGGAUGGGCAUCUUCAAAGGACUCUCCCCGCGGGGAUGUAGCGCCCUAUAAUCCUUCCAUCCCUUCGAUUCCGCUCAGCAUGAAAGACGCGCUUCCCCUCCUCCGCACACUCUCAGGUCACGGGGUGACCGCGAAGGAAGCGAACCGCAGCGGUUGGGUCGGUGGCUUCAAGAAUAUCACAUACGACAGCGGGCCUGCACCUGGCGCAGUCAUCAAUAUUGACCAUCUUAUGAAUGGAACUAUAGCCCCUGUCUGGGACGUGAUCGGUGUCAUCAACGGAACGAAUGAGGACGAAGUCGUGGUCGUCGGUAACCACCGCGAUGCAUGGGUGAUUGGAGGCGCGGCUGAUCCAAAUUCGGGGAGUGCGAUUAUGGUCGAAAUGGCGAAUGCUUUUGGAAAGCUACUGGAGAAAGGUUGGAAGCCUAAGAGAACUAUUAUCUUCGGAUCAUGGGAUGCAGAAGAGUUCGGACUUCAAGGCAGCACCGAAUGGGUUGAGACGCAUCUACCCUGGCUCCAAAGUCACGCGGUCGCCUAUCUCAAUAUCGAUGUCGGUGUCUCAGGCCCGCGCACUUCCUUCUCCGGCUCGGGAGAAAUCCAGUCCUUCGUCAUUGACCAACUAAAAAAGGUUCUGUUCCCGGAAGGACACUGGGGAAGCGAGUUCAAAACACUAUACGACAUGUGGUUCAACGUAACCAAAGGCACCGUCUCACCCCUAGGCUCCGGCAGCGACUACGCCUCCUUCUACCAAAACGGUAUCGCAUGUAUCGACUUCGGCUCCGACGGCGGCAAACGCGACCCAAUCUACCACUACCACAGUAACUACGACUCCUACAACUGGAUGUCGAAAUUCGGCGACCCGGGUUUCAAACUCCACACCGCAAUGGGCCAAGCGCUGUCGCUGAUCCUAUACCACAUCGCCGACGACGCGCUGAUCCCGUGGGAUCUUCCGCAUGCCGCAGAGGUACUAUCAUCGUACCUCGAGGAACUCAACGAAACGAUUUCGUCGUCUAGCACGUUACCUCCGAGUAACAGUAGCGGGAAUGCUACGCUGGAUCUCACUCCUCUGAGCUCCGCGCUUGAAUCGUUCUCAGCGAAAGCAUCGCAUCUAGCGAGCGUUGCGAAUACCGCGUUGACGUUCAAUGACUCCAUCGCUCUUGCGGUUGUGAAUUCAAAGUUUAGAGAUUUUGCUAGGGGCUUGGCGAGUGUGGGUGGCUUGCCAGGUAGAGAAACAUUCAAGAACGUGGUUAGCGCGCCGGGGAUUGAUAAUGGGUAUGGUGCGGAUGUGUGGCCGGGGAUCACAGAUAGUGUGAAUCAGGGAGAUGUUGCGCAAGCGAAAGAGUGGAUUGAAAAGAGUGCGAAAGCUGUGCAGAGGGCGGGGGAGAUUCUAGGGUAUGGCGAGAGGUAG